UCUCUAGGAAACAGAAGGAUACGAGUGGACGUUGCCGAUCAAGCUCAGGAUAAAGAUCGGGACGAUCGCUGCUUCGGCAGAGACCGGGAUCGCUUCCGCGACUCGGAGAUGUUCGAGAGCGACUGGAGGGCCCGUCCCGCCACCACCGACAGCUUCGACGAUUACCCCCCCCGCCGGGGCGACGACAGCUUCGGGGACAGGUUUCGGGAUCGCUACGACGACCGCUAUCGCGACGGGUACCGCGACGGCCCCCGCCGGGACAUGGACCGCGGCUUCGGGGGCCGGGACCGCUACGAUGACCGCAGCAGGGACUACGACCGAGGUACGGCCUUCCCAGUACGGGCGUCCCAGUAUGGCACCGGGUACCGCCGCGACGACGACUUCCGAGGGGGCAGCGACCGCUACGACGACCGCUACGAGCGGCGCGACGGGGACCGCUGGGGCGCCCGCGACGACUACGCCCGCGACGACUUCCGGCGCGACGACAGAGGUCCCACGCAGCGGCCAAAGCUGAACCUGAAGCCCCGCAGCGCUCCCAAGGAGGAGGAGGCGGCGGUGCCCCCCGCGGCGCAGUCCAGCAGAGCCGCCUCCAUUUUCGGGG